AUGAGAUCCUCAGUGUCUAGGAAGACAUACUCCACCAAAGGCGGCUUCAGCUCCAGCUCUGCGGGUAGAGGGGCUGGCUCCCAGAUACGGACCAGCUACAGCUCGGUCACCACAUCCCGGAGCAGUGGCAGCUGUGGGGGAGCCCACUACAACCCAAACAAAGGUGGCUUUGGCAGCCGGAGCCUGUAUAACUUGGGAGGCAACAAGAGCAUCUCAUGCAGUGUGGCAGGAGGGACCUCCUCAGGGCGGGCUGUAGGGGGCUUUGGCUUCAGCAGUAGGGCCUUUAUGGGCCUGGGGGCUGGCAGGCAGACAUUCGGGCCUGUCUGCCCUCCUGGAGGGAUCCAGGAAGUGACUGUCAACCAGAGCUUGCUGACGCCUCUGAACGUGGAGAUCGACCCUGAGAUCCAGCGAGUGCGCACCCAAGAGCGGGAGCAGAUCAAGACCCUCAACAACAAGUUUGCAGCCUUCAUUGACAAGGUGCGCUUCCUGGAGCAGCAGAACCAAGUGCUGGCGACCAAGUGGGCACUGCUGCAGGAGCAAGGGCAAAACACAGGUGUCACCCAGAACAACCUGGAGCCCCUCUAUGAGUCCUACAUGGGCAUCCUGCGGCACAGGCUGGACAAUAUGCAGGGCGAGCGAGGGCGGCUAGACUCAGAGCUGAAGAGCGUGCAGGAUCAACUUGAGGACUUUAAGAACAAGUACGAGGAUGAAAUCAAUAAGCGCACUGCUGCGGAGAAUGAGUUUGUGGUGCUCAAGAAGGAUGUGGAUGCUGCUUACAUGAGCCGCACAGAUCUGCAUGGCAAAGUGGGCUCCCUGGCUGACGAGAUCGACUUCUUUCGGCAACUCUUUGAACUGGAGCGGAGCCAAGUGCAAACCCACGUGUCUGACACCAAUGUGGUCCUGUCCAUGGACAACAACCGUAACCUGGACCUGGACAGCAUUAUCUCAGAGGUCAAGGCCCAGUAUGAGCUGAUCGCCCAGAAGAGCCGGGCUGAGUCUGAGGCUUGGUACCAGACCAAGUAUGAGGAGCUGCAGGUGACGGCUGGAAGGCAUGGAGACAGCCUGAGGGACACCAAGAAUGAGAUCGCUGAGCUGACGCGCACUGUCCAGAGGCUGCAGGGCGAGGUGGAUGCAGCCAAGAAACAGUGCCAGCAGCUGCAGACGGCCAUCGCAGAAGAAGAGCAGCGUGGGAACCUGGCACUCAAGGAUGCUCAGAAGAAGUUUGGAGACCUCGAUGUGGCCCUCCAUCAGUCUAAGGAGGUCCUGGCACGGCUACUGCGUGACUACCAGACCCUGAUGAACGUCAAGCUGGCCUUGGAUGUAGAGAUCGCCACUUACCGGACCCUGCUGGAGGGCGAGGAGAGCCGGAUGUCUGGAGAAUGUCAGAAUGCAGUUAGCAUUUCUGUGACUGGCAACUCUACCACUGUGAGCGGAGGCAGAGGGGCUGGCAUCGGAGGUUGCAUCUCCCGGGGUGGGGGUGGUGGAGGCAUCAAAGGUGAUUUCAGCACCAAUGUGGGGUAUGGCUCUGCCAAGGGUGGUGUUGCCUCUGGGAGCACUUCCAUCUUGCGGAAGACCACCACAGUGAAGACAUCCAAUCAGAGGUAUUAG